GAAGGGGGAUGUUUUUACACUUAUACUAAAAGGUCAUUUACUUGCUAAAAAAGUAUAAACUAUCAGUCAGAUGACAGAAGGCAUGUAGUAGACUGUAUACAACAGGUUUUGCAGCAAAGUUUUGAUAAUGUUGAUAAUUUAGAGGCCUUAGAAAUUUGCUCAUCAAACAUGAUACAGUAGGCUUUAUAGGGUUAAAGCAGCUGCUGAGGGUCAGACUUCAAAACAGGACGGCAGUAUUUCCAUUUUCCACACACAUUGUAGUGGACAGAGACGAAGAAAAGAAAAAGGGAAAAGAAAGACAAGGGAAAAGAGAGGGAGUGAGCAUGAGGAGGGAUUAAAUGUGUGUGAGGAUGGGGGUGGUGGCGGAGCAAGGGGCCAUAGACAAAGUGAGAGAGGGAGGAGGGUAGCAGGAGAAGGGGGCGGUGCUGUGGCGGCAAACAGCAGGGAAAGAGAGAAGAGAACAGGACAGAGAGGAAGGGGGUUUCUGCCAGAGAAAAGAGAGGAAACUUUGGCAUGAGGAGGAGGAGUAGAAAGAAUGAGCGUGUGAGAGAGAAGGAAAGAGAUAGAAGGAGUGUGUGUAAGACUGAGAGAGGAGUACAGUGAGCAGACUGGGAUUGUACCUCCAGGACAGACUGGGGAGACGCGAGGAGGCAGCCAUGCAGAGCACUAUGGAGUGUGUGUCCUGGGCGUGUGUUCGCCAUGGCUCUAGUUCAGGCACUGCCUGUGCCCACUGAUCACCCGAAGCCCAGCGCUGACAUCCAGCAGUGCUGCUCAGUGUCUCACUCCCCCACCGUAGCUGCGGCAGGCACCAUGGGUUCCGUCAGCAGCCUUAUCUCUGGACGUACCUACCAGGAGCGUCACUGCCGAGCUGCCAGCGACUUUGGCACCAAGUAUCGCAAACCCACACCAGCUACGAGCUGUUUCCGACAGCAAGAGGGCACGCUGCGCAGUGCCAGCUCACAGGAGCAGCUUCUCACCAGACAGCCUCUUCUACCUGCUAAGAACAAGUCCUCUGCCCUCAUCUCUGUUGGCAAUGGCAACUAUGGCUAUUUGAGUGAUGAGCCAGUGGGCGACUGGAAUGAUAAUCAUGUGACCCCGUGCAGCCCGUCCAGUGAUACCGAAGAGCCUCCUGAUAACAGAGGCAUGAAUGGUAACAUUGGUGGCCCUCCUCCCAAACUCAUCCCAGUGUCAGGGAAGCUGGAAAAGAGUAUGGAGAAGAUACUGAUCCGUCCCACUGCCUUUAAGCCGGUUGUGCCCAAGAAUCGCAACUCUGUGCAGUACCUGUCUCCACGGUCAGGGGGCAGUCAGACUGAAAGCCAGGGCAGCCUCAACCUCUUACUUCCUGGCACUGGAGCAUUGUUGGGUUGUCAGGAGAAGCGUAACUCUUACAGUGGGGGGCGCAAUGCACGGAAUAGCCAAUCCUGCACUAUGUCGGACUCAGGCCGCAACUCACUCUCCAGUCUACCAACCUACAGCAGCACAGGGUACAGCCUGGCACAGAGCGAGGUUCCCACCGGGCACAUGGAAACCACACGCUCCAGUGGUGGCCACGGACACUCUAACUCUGACAGUGGUCGGUCAUCAUCCAGUAAGAGCACAGGGUCUUUAAGUGGCCGUGGGCAGCCCCUCUCAGACAGUGGAUCGUGUGGCCGCUCCCCGGCUCCAGGAGAAGGGUAUGAGGUCGUCAUUCGGGAACUUGAGGAGAAGCUGAGGGAAAGAGACCUGGAGCUGCAGCAACUCAGGGACAACCUGGAUGAGAAUGAGGCAGCCAUCUGUCAGGUGUAUGAGGAGAAACAGAAGCGGUGUGAGCAAGAGUUGGAGGACCUUCGGCAGAGCUGCGCAUCGAAAAUGAAGCAGGUGCAGCUGAGGGCACAACGGGCACAACAUGUCCUGCAGUUGCAGGUGUUCCAGCUGCAGCAAGAGAAGAAGAAAUUGCAGGAGGACUUCUCCCAACUGCUGCAGGAACGGGAGGCAUUGGAGAAGAGAUGUGCCUCUUUUGAGAAGGAGCAGACUCAACUAGGUCCUCGUCUAGAAGAGACAAAGUGGGAGGUCUGUCAGAAGUCUGGUGAGAUCUCUCUGCUGAAGCAGCAGCUGAAGGAUGUACAGGCUGAUCUUGGUCAGAAGGCCAGCGAGAUUGUUGCUUUGAAAGCCCAGUUGAGAGAGGCUCGUUCCGAGCUUCAAGCUAGCCAGGCUCGCUCGCAGGAAGCCCACGCCACAGUCCGCACCCGUACACUCGAACUUGAGGUUUGCGAGAAUGAGCUGCAGCGUCGUAAAAGCGAAGCGGAGCUCCUGCGGGAGAAGGUGGGCCGUUUGGAGGAAGAGUCCAUCCGUCUUAAAGAGACCCUGGCAGUGUCCCCGUUCCAAACUCUACCUUCUAAGGGCCAGUGCAUGAGCUUGCCCCUGCCCCAAAGCCGUGGGGGAAUCACUCACGGAAUCAGUCCUGCUUUCCGGGACAACAGCAGUGAAGAGCAGUUUCUAGCAUAUGAAAGCGAUGAAGCGAAGGUGCAGCGUCAGAGCGUGGAUGUGCUUCAUGGUCUCCGUCAGCAGGUGGACCGAAUGCGGGCUGAGCUGAUGUAUGAGAGGAGGCGGAGUGAGGACCAGCUGGAGGCCUUUGAGGAUGAACGCAGGGUAUGGCAGGAGGAGAAAGACAAGGUGAUUCGUUACCAGAAGCAGCUGCAGCAGAACUACAUCCAGAUGUACCGCAGAAACCGAGACCUAGAACAUGUGAUGAGGGAACUUAGUCUUGAGCUGGAGAACAGGGACAUGGAGGAGUUUGACAUGCGUAGCAAUGAGAUCCAUUUUGAGGAGAUCACUGCCACUGAAAUCUAAGCCACAUCUCACUCUGCCAUCCCAAAAUGAAUUUCCACUGAGUUUGUGUGAGGAGCACUGGCCUUCACUGCAGUGUUUUUGGCAUGCUUCUCCACACUAUUUCAGAAAGACUUAUGUUCAAGGCAAGUUAUUGUUGUGAUGUCCGCAGAGGCCAAUAAAAUAUGUAACAUUUGUAUUUAGACAUGUUUUUUGAUCACUUCCUGCCUCGGACACCUGUGAGGAAACCUGUGAGAUGAAUGUACAAUGACUGUGAACAGCAGUUAAUUGAUGCCACUGGUGAAGGGAAGGUGUCCUCAAAGGUGGUGCUUUGUUCCUGGCAAACCCCUAUAGUACAACUAGGGCUAUAAUUUAGCUUAAUUCUGAAAAAAAGUAACGCAAAAAAUAUCACAUUUAAUCCCCCGUUGAUCUGAAAUCAAAAGCAUCUAUGCAGUGGUGCAGAAGUAUAAAUUGUUGACAUAAACAGCGAGAUGCGACGACGGCCAAAGACAUUUGUAGCAUAGAGUGAAUGCUAGAAUGUGUCCUUUGUGAACAAGAUUGGGAAAUUGGGCAGAUUGACAAACCCAAUUUCUAAAUGGGUUGAUGUGAACUGAAGACCAAUGAUGGGCUUAUGUUCAAUGAUAACGAAAUGAAAUAUAUGACACUUACAAAUGUCCAUUCAAUAUUUUACUCGCCUGCUAACUUAAUUCAUUUGGAAUUUUUUUCUUAGCAAAUAUACUGAAAUGGUUAUGAGAUCGAAGAACCAAUGGGAAGAAAUACAGCAUGUAGGCUAAGGGUUUUAUGGUGUUUCUCAUAUUCUAUGUAGUACAGAGCACUCUACUUGUCUCUCCCAUUGUACCAGCAUUAACACUGAUGGGAAAAGACUUGGAGGCACUCUAAUGAGCAUCUCAUGUUAGGUCACAGAAACUGCAGUUUUGUUGCAUUCAUUCUUGGUGUUCUAGUUGUGCUGGUGUUAAGUCCUCAAUAACAUUGUAUCAUAUCUUCUCAGCUAUUUACGGCACUAUGCAGCAAGAACUGUCACCUCUCAUCUCAGCCUCACUGCUUACGCUACAUUUGAUACUAAUCACUGAUGUAGAAGUGUUAUUUUUAUAAUUAGAUGAUAUAUUAGUAGAUAUAACUAGCAAAUAUAGAGGCAAAUAUAUAUUUUUUCUUUUCUUUGUGAGUAUUGCCACGCACACUGUACAGAGUUAAUAGCAUGUGUGCAUGACACCGUAGCAUUUCUGUGGCCAGACAGUCUGGCGUUGAGUCACGUUAUGGCAUAACACAGGUCAACCGGUUGGUUUUUCCAACCAGUUCUGCUCUGUAAUGACAUAGUUGAUGAAUGCAUAGAUAUUAUGUUAGAUUUGCAUACAAUCUGAGAAAUACUAAUCAAAUGUUUGUGGUCAUUUUGUUAAAGGGAUAUAUACACUAUAUAAA